AUGUCUUCAGACGAGGGCGGCAGCCAGCAAAGGCAAGCGUCGGCCAAGAAGAGAAGGCUGCAGGGUGCCUGUGAUAUGUGCAAGCGGUGGGCAAUCUUUUCCACAUUUUCAACAUUAUCUUUUGCUUACGAUCAGACACGUAUUUCAAGGAAGAAGAUCAAAUGUAUGAGACUUGUGUUGUGCUCUGAAGAACCAUCUUCUGACAUCGAACCAACGGAUCUAGGUGACAGUGCUAAAAUGCCGGGAAGCAAAUGCUCUCCGUGUUUGUCUUUCAACCUGCAAUGUACUCAUAAUGAUCCCGUAAAGAAACGAGGGCCGAAGAGCAUUUAUGUCGCAUACCUUGAGAGUCGUAUAAAGACAUUAGAAGACGAGCUAGAUCAGUUCAAGGGCCAAGGCUCGAGCGAAUCGCCGAGACCUCGACAUGUAAAAGGGCAUCCAUCUCCAGAAGACGCAGGCUCGCCACCCCCGAAACUUCGGUCAAGUCCCUCCGAUUUCCAUAUCCCAUCUGAAGCAUCACCAUCUAGCAGCCAUACUCCAGGUAUAUCGGACGAGGAAGACUUGGAGUACCUGGAUCUGUUGAACCACACGAAGAACCUUUCUCUCAAUGUUAUGGAGAACAGAUUCUUCGGACAUUCCAGCAGUUUCGCAUACACAAAGAACGCGUAUAGAGUCAAGAAAGAAGUGACGGGUGCAGAUCUUGAAGACACGCAUGUCAAGCGUAGUAAAUUUUGGGCUCCACAGCUGUGGGAACGACCUCCUGCCUGGCCAGAUUACAGGUUCCCAGACCGUGAUUUGAUGACAUCUCUGGUCAAUCUCUAUUUUUCGAAAGUCAAUCCGUUUCUACCUAUCCUCCAUGCUCCCAUUUUUGAGAGCAGUGUUCGACAAAACUUGCAUUUGCGGGAUGAACACUUUGCAGCCACCCUUUUGCUUGUAUGUGCGCUUGGAUCGAGAUUCUCGGAUGACCCUAGGGUGCUUACGGCGUCUGAGCAAUACCUAUCGAGUGGAUGGAAAUGGUACGACCAAGUCCAAACUUUUCGCCGAUCAUCGUUCGAUCCAUCGUCAUUAUAUGAACUACAGUACCAUUGUUUAGCGACACUCUAUGUCCAUGGAGCAUCGAGCAUUACAGCCGCGUGGACAUCUGUUGGAUUAGGUAUCCGAUAUGCUGUUGAACUGGGAGCGCACCGCCGUAAACCCGAAGGCCACAAGCUCACAGUCGAAGAUGAAUUGAAGAGACGAGCGUUUUGGGUUCUGGUUAUUCUGGACAGAUCGAUAAGCAGUUUUCUGGGAAGACCGGGGUCGUUGCGAGAGGAAGAUUUCGAUGCUGAAAUGCCAGUGGAGUGUGACGACGAAUUUUGGGAUCAAAACGCGUUUCCGUAUCUCGUCUCCAACCAACCCCUUGACAAACCUUCAAAGAUCUCCGCGUUUGUGUGUCUCAUCAGGUUGUACUCGAUCAGCGCUUUCGCUAUGAGGACGAUAUAUUCCAUCAAAAAAUCACGGUUGAUAUCUGGCGUGUUUGGAGAUCAAUGGGAAAGGAGAGUCAUCAACGAGCUGGAUGCAUCUAUGCGUCACUGGCAGCUCUCGUUACCCCAGCAUCUAAAAUGGACGCUCGAUAGGAAACCUGAUGGUGUAUUCUACUCGCAAUCCGCUUACAUUCAUGUUUUGUUCCACGACACUCAGAUUCAGAUCCACAAACCGUUUUGCGAUAAACCCGGGUUAUCGCCACUUCCUUCGUCUGCUAUAUGCACCGAGUCGGCACGGCUCUGCAUAGAGAUUGUGGACAGGCAUCUCAGAUAUGAACUUUUGGGGAUGCCUGACGUUAUCUGUACAACUUAUGGCGCGAGUGUUACUUUAACUAUGGACAUAUGGCGUAGUAAACGUGACGGAGUCAAGCUAGAGUCGACGGAUAUGAUUGAUGAUAUCCGAAAAGGGCUUGAUUUCCUCGAAGCGUGUGAGGAAAGGUGGUCGUUGGCAGGACGGUUUCGAGACUUCGUCGGGGACCUUGCCAACGGACUGGAUGUCCUUCCAGGAGAGACAGGGAUUUCGGCGCCGAUGGAUGUCAAUGCGCAAGAUUUUGUCAUUCGAGAGCCUUGGAGUCAAUACGCUUUACAAACUGAUAUUCGUUCACCUGUUCAAGUUGGUUAUUACCCACCGGCCGGGGAACCUGUCCAUGUCAUCCAACAACGACCUCAACACCAGCGCCUCAACAACCAGUUCCAACCCCGUCAUCAUACGCAACAGCAGCCGCACCCGAAUGAAAGUCGGUAUGGUUUCCAUCGGAAGAACGUAUCAGGGUCGUCGUCGACGACGAGUCCUGAUCACGACCGUGGUUUACGAACUCCGUAUACUUCUCCGCCUAGUGGUACGCAGGAACUGGGAAAUGUGAAUGUGAAUACGUAUCCUUCUCCUUCUGGAUAUCCGAGUGGAGUGGAGGCACAGAAUGGGAUGGAGCUGGGUUAUGGUGGUCGUAAUCAGGAUGAGGGAGGGUAUGUUCAGCAGGCGGGUAUGUAUGGAGUUGCUCCUGCUGCUGCUGCAACGCGUGGUGAGGAGCAACAACAACAGCAGCACCAGCAGUCUCGAUAUAUCUCGGGGCAUGAUGUUGGGAUGGUGAAUGUAAACGUGCCCGGUAUGCACCAACAGCAGCAGCAGCAGAUGAAUGUUGGUGGAUGGCCAACCCAGAACCAGGAGAACCAGGGGGUGUAUCAGGGGUAUAACUUCAAUGACCUUGGACAAUACGUGGAAAGUAUGGCGUAUUUGAAUGGGUUCAUGGUUCGUCAGCCGGACAUGAAUUAUCAGCGUAUGUAG